AUGGCCCUUCGACUGAUACGGCUCAAGGUCGUCAACCCGAUCUUGGCCCUCUCUGACUUUGACGGCACCGUUACCAGACACGACACUCCACAACUCGUCUGCUGCAUCCAGUCCUUCUCCUUCUCGCUGGAGUUCUUUCAUUUGCGAGACGACAGCUCCGCUGCUGUCAUUACUCAAACGCUGCAGACCUACCUCUGUGCUUCCCCACAGCUCCUUCACCUCAGGGCGCCACUCUUGGAAUACUCGCAGGCACAUAUGGAUCUUUAUAAUCGUCUUGUCCAGUUAACAGUCUUGGGCAUUAAGAGCGUUAACAACUAA